AGCCGAAGGAAAGAACUCGCGCGGCGAUCGAUUGCUCCUGUCUGAUCUGUGAUGUAAAGAUGGAUGCCUGCUGAAACAGCUCAUACGCGUGGGAAGAAGAAGUGAGUCCCUGGCAGUGAUCGCCUUGCAGUUCCCUGUGUUUUUUGGCCAAUGCUUGCUGCGCUACAGCAUGACCACAGCAGCGUCUGCUCAUCUGGUAGUUCUGGCAAAUGAAAAUGGAGGAGGUUUCAAUGUCCAGCCUGGACAACAGCAAGCUGGAGGCCCUGGCUCAGGACAUCCUGUCUGACCUGGUGGAGGAUGCCUGCCUGGGCCUUUGCUUCGAGGUCCACCGGGCCGUUAAGCAGGGCUAUUUUUUCCUGGAUGACACGGACCAAGAAAGCAUGAGGGACUUUGAAAUCGUGGACCAGCCGGGACUGGAUGUGUUUGGCCAGGUGUACAACCAGUGGAAGAACAAAGAGUGUGUGUGUCCGAACUGCAGCCGGAGCAUAGCCGCCUCGCGCUUCGCCCCACACCUGGAGAAAUGCCUGGGGAUGGGACGCAACAGCAGCCGAAUAGCCAACCGGAGAAUAGUCACUGGUAACAACAACAACAACAAGUCAGAAAGUGACCAGGAGGAUAACGAUGACGUUAACGAUAACGACUGGUCUUAUGGGGCUGAAAAGAAAGCUAAGAAAAGGAAAUCCGAUAAGAAUCCAAACUCGCCAAGAAGAUCCAAAUCAUUCAAGCAUAAGAGCAGCAUGAUGGGUCCCAGACGUCGGAUGGACAACCAGGAGAGCCCGCGCAUGCUGAUGAAAGACGAGGCAUUCUCUCAGUAACCCGCGCAGCUGGAACACGCAUCCUCUCCUCGCGUCGCGUGCAGAUUUGCACAAGAAAGGACGGCACUCACAGCAAGACCAAUAACACUUCGCCGUCUGCUCUUUAUGUUGUGAAAUCAAUGGACGUUGAUGUUCUAGGUGACAUUCGUGGCGUGUGCUGCUCGCAGGGGCAGUUCAGAACUCACACUGUAUACUUGACAAAUUUAGUUUUCUUCACAGAAUCAUCGUACCACCACUUUUUUUGUUUGUUUGUUUCUUUUGUCAGUUUUCAGUGAAAUCUAAUGAAGAUCGGACUCCACUGCACAGUGGCAGACUCUGGUGUAAUCCAACAGGGGCAGCUGCGCGAUGACUAACUGCAGUAUUUUGUUAUCUAGAAUACAGAGAAGAUCAAGUGUGAAUUCAACAUAUAAUUCCUCAUCGUUUAAUUGUUUUUCUUUAAGAAAAAAAGAAAGAUUAUGUCAAAGACAAUCAUUUCUAAUGGUUUGUCUUCUUUUAUUUUCACAUUCACUGUCAGACUCAGUUCUCCACCUGAAUUAUGAUACAAGCGGCUCAUUCACCUGCGGAGACUUGUUCAGUAAAAUCAUGCCGAAUCAUAAAAGCAGGUAUUUGAAAGCAGGUUUCUUUUUUUUUGGUGGAUAGAUCAGCUUGUUUUCUAGAAUUCAAAUAUGUCUUUGUAUCAUGUGUUUACAUUGUAAAGGGUUACAUAUGUCCUUGGUGUGAUGUGAUAGUGUAAAUAUUCUAAUAGUUGAAUUGCUGCUAUCAUGGCUCAGUUUGUUUCAUCUGUCUAGCAUAAUAAAUGAUUUGUUAUCUGUCGUGUG